AUGAGCGACGAGGAGGAGAGGAUGUCAACUUCAGGGGAGGAGAGCGAACAGGAGGACGAAGAAGUGGAGCAGGGCGAGGAGGGCGAGGAGAUGGAGGAGGAGCCCGCACCUGUACCCAAGGGACCCAAGCUGCCCCCGGGCGCCGUGGGCUUCGGCAUGAUGAUCCCCGCGCCUGGGUCGGUGGCCCUUAGAAAGGUGGAGCGGCCAGCCGAGAAGGCGCAGCCGGCCCCCACCGACGUGAAGGAGACCGAGUUCGGGCGGCUGGAGCUGAAGAAGACGCCCGGACCGGCCUCCAACAAGCCCCCGCCGGCGAGCGGCGAGGCCCAGCCCGAGUUUGCCAAGGUGAAGCUGAGGAAGACCAACACGGAUGUGUCCCAAGAGAUCACGGCCAGCAGCGAGACCACGGCCACCCACAACAACAAUAACAACGCGACAGGAGGCCGACCACGGACGACGCCAAGGAGGGCGGUGACAAGACAGACGCUGCUGACGGUGGCGAGGGAGCUCAUGAGGAGGGCGGCAAGGGGGAAGAAGGGGAAGAAGGACAACGCCGAGGAGGGCGGGGAACGGGCAUCUGGCAAGGGCUGCUGCAUACUCAUGUAA